GCCGCGCGGGCCCUCGCCGGGAGGAUGGACGGGGCCGGGGAGCGCAGCCUCCCGGAGCCGGGCAGCCGGGGCUCCCGGGCGGGAGACGACAUGGAGAUCGUCGUCAACGUGGGAGGCGUGCGGCGGGUGCUGUACGGAGACCUCCUCAGCCGGUACCCCGAGACCCGGCUGGCGGAGCUCAUCGACUGCUUGGCCGGGGGCUACGACACCAUCUUCUCCCUGUGCGACGACUACGACCCCGGGAAGCGCGAGUUCUACUUCGACAGGGACCCGGACGCGUUCAAGUGUGUCAUUGAGGUGUACUAUUUUGGGGAGGUCCACAUGAAGAAGGGCAUCUGCCCCAUCUGCUUCAAGAACGAGAUGGACUUCUGGAAAGUGGACCUCAAGUUCCUGGACGACUGCUGCAAGAGCCACCUGAGCGAGAAGCGCGAGGAGCUGGAGGAGAUUGCGCGCCGCGUGCAGCUCAUUCUGGACGACCUGGGCGUGGACACGGCCGAGGGCCGCUGGCAGCGCUGCCAGAAGUGCGUCUGGAAGUUCCUGGAGAAGCCCGAGUCUUCGUGUCCGGCGCGGGUGGUGGCCGUGCUGUCCUUCCUGCUCAUCCUCGUCUCGUCGGUGGUCAUGUGCAUGGGCACCAUCCCCGAGCUGCAGGUGCUGGACGCCGAGGGCAACCGCGUGGAGCACCCGACGCUGGAGAACGUGGAGACGGCGUGCAUCGGCUGGUUCACGCUGGAGUACCUGCUGCGCCUGUUCUCCUCGCCCAACAAGCUGCACUUCGCCCUGUCCUUCAUGAACAUCGUGGACGUGCUGGCCAUCCUGCCCUUCUACGUGAGCUUCACGCUCACGCACCUGGGCGCCCGCAUGAUGGAGCUGACCAACGUGCAGCAGGCGGUGCAGGCCCUGCGGAUCAUGCGCAUCGCCCGCAUCUUCAAGCUGGCGCGCCACUCCUCGGGGCUGCAGACCCUCACCUACGCCCUCAAGCGCAGCUUCAAGGAACUGGGGCUGCUGCUCAUGUACCUGGCCGUGGGCAUCUUCGUCUUCUCGGCCCUGGGCUACACCAUGGAGCAGAGCCACCCGGAGACCUUGUUUAAGAGCAUCCCGCAGUCCUUCUGGUGGGCCAUCAUCACCAUGACCACGGUUGGCUAUGGUGACAUCUACCCCAAGACCACCCUGGGCAAACUCAAUGCAGCCAUCAGCUUCCUGUGUGGGGUCAUUGCCAUUGCCCUGCCCAUCCACCCCAUCAUCAACAACUUUGUCAGAUACUACAACAAGCAGCGAGUCCUGGAAACGGCAGCCAAGCACGAGCUGGAGUUGAUGGAGCUCAACUCCAGCAGUGUGGGCGAGGGCAAGACAGGGGGCUCCCGCGGCGACCUGGACAACCUCCCGCCAGAGCCCGCCGGGAAGGAGGGGCUGAGCUGGAGCAGCCGGCUGAAGAUCUCCCACAGCGACACCUUCAUCCCCCUGCUGACCGAGGAGAAGCACCACAGGACCCGGCUCCAGAGCUGCAAGUGACGAGGGACGACCUGGGCACAGACGGACUGGGCUGGUGGAUGGAUGGACGGACGGGUGUGACAGGCCUGCCAGUGACUGCCCGGGAGGGGCUGUCCUUUGUCCCCCAGCCCUCUCCUGAACAGAACUCUGAAGGCCCUCUUGGGCACCUCUGAUGAGGCCGGGUAAGAUCCCUUUGUGUUUCCGGCUG